GCCAGCAGCACAAGAACCAGAGUCCAUAGACAUCCAUCAAGCCAAGAAGAAUGGCAUUCCUCAGCACGAACGCGUUGAUGAGCGUCCCCAUCACGGCGGCAGCCGCUCCUCGCCACCGCCGCAGCUUGGUCGUGGUAAGGGCCGCGGCCGUCAAAUCUAACGAGCACCUGCAGGAAGAGCAAGCAUCCGUGGCCGACGGAGCUCGUGGGCGUCGCCGAGCCAUGGUGUUGUUGGCCGCCACCGCUGCUGUCACUGGAUCAUCCGUAGCCAUCUGCAGGUCUGCUAGAGCUGCAGGUGUCACCACGCUGAGCGGACAGUAUGUCAAAAUAGAGAACGUCAAGGACCCAUAUGUCCAGGGUGUCGGCGAAUGGGCUGUCAAGGAGCACAACAGGCAGACUGGUGAGAGCUUGCAGUUCGCCGAGGUGGUCAGUGGCAUGGAACAGGUGGUCGCCGGCACCAACUACAAGCUCAACCUCGCAACCAAAGAUCCAACGUCGUCUUACCAAGCAGUUGUGUUUGAUCCGUUGCCAAACUCCAGCAAAAAUCGCCAGCUCAUGUCCUUCAAGUCUAUUUGAUCUCUCUCUCUCACGCCUGCGUGGGUUGCAGAAUAAAUGUGUGGCCUUGUAUUUGUGAUGAGGAAAUAAUAAUGGAAUAAAUGUGUGGCCUUGUAUUUGUCAAAUAGUCUUGUACUGUCGUUUCAAUGUUUUUUUUUUCAUGUGAGCCAAGUUUUCCAUGUACGACUUUCUCUCAGAUAUCAUAGAUUUGUAUAUUAUA